GACGAUGGGAAAGAUCUUUUUUGUAAACAAUGACGUUAAGCGAUUAUUGCCGUUUGUGCAAGAUAAAUAUGAGGGUAGAAGUUAUAUAUGGACACUCCACAGACAUGUUUUCAUCCAAAAAACCACCAAGUUUAUCCGAGAGGUUAACAAUAUUAGGGGUGACAGUCGCACCGGAGUCAGGGGAAUCGCGAAGAUCCUGCCAGCGUUGCUCAAACAGAAUUUCCAGGCUGGAAAGAGACUUGCCCACAUUCAGACAAUGGGAAGAAGAGUUCCGAAACACGGACAGCAACAUAGCCAAAAGGCAACGCGAGCCUACACCCUCGAAGACCCCGAGGGCUUUGAAAAAGACCUGCCCAAACCCACCGAGUCCACGAGACAUCUCCACCAGGAAAACCACAACCCAGGUUACCAUCACAUAUCCGUCGCAAACACUAUCAAGGGUGUGCAAUCCUGAGGAAGAUCCAAUCAUAAAAUUCAUAAUUCUAAAAAGAUGGAAAGAGGCUGCCAGUCAUGCAUUAAAACAUAAACACCUGCAAGAGGAACUCAAAUCUGGAAUCAUUCAGUUAAUUUUUGAAGAAUGUGAGAAACUGUGCUCUCAAAGAAAUGACUUCAUUUUAUGGAGGUCUAAACCAGCAGACCUUAAGUCAUUCUCUUUCCACAGUUUAAGAGAUGACCUCCAUCGGCUUGCACCCUUUAUGCUAUCGAUUUUCAAUUGCAUCACCAACAAUAACAACUUGUCAACAUGUACUGCUGCAGCAAUUGCAAUCAGAGGACGACAACCCCGUCUGGCUGCAUUAUCAUAUUACAUCAACACCAUUCUCCAGUAUGGUGGAGCAAAAAAGUCAGUUUUCAAACGAUUGAGCCAGUUAUCAAUAACCACAUCACACGGCAGAGCCAUAAAGAAGCAACGUGAGUUGGCACUUGGCUGUGGGGCUGACUUCCAAAAACUCAAACUAAGCUUCAAAGAUACAGACAACGAUGAAGAAUUCCAAGAAGCAUUCCGAAGCAUGGAGGACCUUCAUCUGUCAGAUGAAAACAGCGCACCUUCCACCAGACAGAAAGACAGCCGUGUGACCUGCCCAUCAUCAUAUUCAAUUAUCAUGGACAAUCUGGAUCUCUUUGUACACAGACACAACCAGUCAAUCGAUAACAGCAACAAAGUCUACACUGGAUACACCAUAUAGCCGUCAAAGACCGAAUACCCACCCACCACAUCUCCAAUAUCAAACCCACAACAGACAUUCAACGAUACAAUCUUGCCUUAUCACUUCCACAGAGGAACACCCAAGCUUUAAUGUGGCGCGAAUUAAUUGUUCUUGGGACCAGAAUGCUGAACAAGCACAUGACCGUGUUUGAAAGCUU